AUGGCACACCGACUUCUCGUCAACGUUAUCGUCACCGGGGCCCUGGUGUUUGGCAGAGCCUUCACUGAGGCGUACAAGCAAGCGGCCAAGGCGUCGGCUGCCGGUGCCGCUGCCGGAGGACCCGCCAAAGCGGCGCUGGCCGGUGGCAUCCCCCUUGAAGAAGCAUACAAGAUCUUGGACAUCGAGGCCGCCGACUUGAACCAGGAAAAGUUGGACGAACGCUACAAGUAUCUUUUUGACGUCAACCUGAAGGAAAAGGGCAACUCGUUUUACCUCCAGUCCAAGGUGUACUACGCCAUGGACACGUUGAAAAAAGAGUUGGACUUUCUAGAGCAGUCGAAAAACCAUGAGCAUUCCGCGGGCACCGGCGGCGGCGCCCCCAACCUGUAA